ACAGACAUAAAAAGAGACAAAUCAGCUGAUGAGUGGGUUGGUGCUGUGGGCUUCGGAUUUUCUUUUUUUUUUUCCAUUCCAAAUGUGAAGAUAUUUAGCGAAAAUUUCCAGAAUGUCAAAUACAUAUAAGACAAUCAUAUAGUGUUUGCUUGUGUUGUGUUUUUCCCCAAUAACUGUAUGUGGACGUACACAAAACGUUAACCUAAAUGCAUUGCCAUUCGUACCUUACACCAGUUUGUAUACUUAUUGGUGAUAAAAUUCGCAUAGUUUCCGGACGAUAGGUUAUUCAACUGGACAGAAACUGUGCCACCACUACUCCAGAACCGAUGAAGGAUGGAAUAUGAAUACUCGGCAUUCAGGAGAGAUGCGGAUGCCCAUAACAGGUGCUGCGGAGGCUGGUUGUGGUGCAUCAAGGAUAUCUGUGGCGUCAUCUGCGCCGUCCUGACAUGGCUGCUGAUCCUGUAUGCGGAGUUCGUGGUGACGGUGGUGAUGCUGCUGCCGUGCCCGUACCCCGUGUACCGUUACGCCAACAUGGCCAUCUUCCAGACCUUUGCCCUGCUGGCCUUUGCCUCGCACCUGCGCGCCAUGUUCACCGACCCUGGGGCAGUGCCCAAGGGAAACGCGACCAAGGAGAUGAUCCAGCAGAUGGGGUUCCGAGAGGGACAGGUGAUAUUCAAGUGCCCCAAGUGCUGCAGCAUCAAGCCGGAGCGCGCUCACCAUUGCUCCGUGUGCCAGAGGUGCAUAAGGAAAAUGGACCACCAUUGUCCUUGGGUGAACAACUGUGUGGGUGAAAACAACCAAAAAUAUUUUGUGCUGUUCACGUUCUACAUCGCGGUGAUCUCGGUGCACUCGCUCAUCCUGUCGGUGAACCAGCUCAUCAUGUGCACCAACAGCGAGUGGAAGGACUGCUCUGCCUACUCCCCACCGGCCACCGUGGUGUUGCUGCUGUUCCUGGUGUUCGAGGGGCUGCUGUUCGCCACGUUCACCGUCGUCAUGCUGGGCACCCAGCUGCAGGCCAUCUGGAACGACGAGACGGGCAUUGAACAGCUCAAGAAGGAGGAGGCACGCUGGGCCAAGAAGUCGCGUUGGAAGAGCAUCCAGGCAGUGUUCGGGCGUUUCUCGCUGGCAUGGUUCUCCCCCUUCACGCGCCCCCCGCCCAAGACCAAGCUGGAGAGCUACCUGUACUCCGUGUGAGCGUGCAGCUGCCAUGUGCGAUCUGUUGUGGAUGCCCUGCGUGGGGCUGGCCAGGUUCUGCAGCAACGACGUUUCCUAUUCUUAGAGACGCCUGUAUUUUGCAACACUUUGACAUAAUGUUUCUCACAAAUUGUUUUAUUAUUGGCUAUGCAUAGUGAGAGGUUCUCUUCCACAUGUGACGGGGCAUUGAGGCUUACUACACUGCUGCCAUAACAGUAGUAAAACUUAAAAUGUUUUAAAAAACAUUUUGGCCCAAAAUGUUUUUGUAAAAUACAGGCGUGUCUACCUAUAUGCUGCAUGAAAAAUUCAGGAAUUGACAUAUUGUCUGUAUAUAAGGAUACAGCUUGUCAUUACCAGUUUGUUUAUUUAUUCUUAGUGAUGUUAAUAACUUCAUAUCAUUAUAUUUUCUGGCUAUGUCUUUUGGCAUCUGCUUGUCAUGAUGUGGGUAUGCCUUGCUGCCGAAUCAUUGAUUCCCUCCGACAUACUUUUAACGGGGGUUAUGGAAACCUACAGAUGCAUCUUAUAUUCAACAGUUUUUAAGCCGUGACAAUGAACUGCAGUUAAUUAUUGAAAAUUUGUCAAUGUUAAAUGAGAGUAUUUACUUUUAUGGAAUGUUGAUGUUGACAAUUACUACACGUGUAAAAAUAUUAUCACUUGUCAUGCUUUUACAGGCUCAAAAAUAAACCAAUGACAAAAUACUUUUCACCUUUUAAGGUAAACUUUUAAUAACAAAUGAUUAAAAAAAGAAAUUAUGACUUAAGCAACCAAGUUCUCUAUUAACGAAAUAAAAAAAUUUUUGUUCAA